AUGCUACCUAGCAAAGAAUUAACGCUAGCUGUCAAGAAAUUAACGCUACCUGGGAAGGAAUCAACGCUGCCUGGCAAGGAAUUAACGCUACCUGGUAAGGAAUUAACGCUGCCUGGCAAGAAAUUAACUCUACAUGGCAAGGAAUUAACGUUGAUUGGCAGAGAAUUAACGCUACCUGAAGAGGAAGGUGAAGAAGAAGGUUCAGCGAACAAGGCAGUCGAUGUUCUUCUAGACUCGCCAUGGGCUACCGGCAAAGACAUUCUAUUUACUGAUCGCCAGUCUGUUGUGGACUAUUGCAACAAGCUGCUGAAGCACAAAUUCUUUCAUCGUGCUAAGAAAAUUCCCAUCACUGACAAGGAUCUUAAACCCAAAGAUUUAAAGAAGAAAAAAGAAAAGGAAAAGGAAGAGAAGAAGAAAAAAGAAUCGGAAAAAAAGAAAGACAAGGAAGAGAAAAAGCCCAAGGAAGAGGAGAAAAAAGAAAAUGAAGAGGAGGGAGAAGAGGAUUGUAAGCAGGAAGUCUCAAGUGCAGAUAAGGAUGAGAAAGAUGUAAAGGACAAAGAUGAUGAAAAAGAAAAAAAGAAGAAGAAAAAAUCCAAGAUAAAGCUGGAUAUGCAUUUGGAACAAGUUUUUGUUGAUGGGAGUGAUGCAUAUGUUUGGAUGUACGACCCUAUCCCGUUCUGGUAUUAUAUCGCAGGCAGCUUCUGUUUAUUUGGCGCUAUUGCAGUGUGUCUCUUCCCUCUUUGGCCGCCAAGUGUUCGGAAAGGUGUAUAUUACUUGAGUGUGGCAGCAGCUGGUUUCUUAGGUGUGAUUUUGGGCCUGGCUGUGUUGCGGUUCAUCGUAUUCAUCAUUAUCUGGGUGUUGACAAUGGGAAUACAUCAUUUGUGGCUUUUGCCUAAUCUUACUGAAGAUGUUGGAUUCUUUGCCUCCUUCUGGCCUCUAUAUCAUUACGAGUACCGAGGAGCUGGAUAUGAAAAGAAAAAAAAGAAGAAAAAGAUUAAAGAUGAAGAUGAAAAGGAACGAGAGGGGCAAGAUAAGAAAUCCGAUAUGGAUGAUACACUCGACAGUCCAGACACAGCAGCGGAAACUGAUAAACAUGAAACUGAUAUUGAUAGGGUUGCUGAGGAACAGACUGCUGCAAGUGAAACAGAGUCAGAAAAUUCAAACUCUCAGGCAUUUGAGAUGGUUGAAAAAGAUGAUGUUGAUGCAGCAGAGAUGGGAGAGGUGAUGCCUGAAAAGGGAAGCGGUGUUCAAGAUUUACAGAAAGAAGUUUCAAAAGAAGGUAUAGAGGAUGGAAAAACUACAGAAUCUUAGGAAACAUUACCAGUACUUAAAAUUUUUAACCAGUGAACUAGAUGGUUCAUCUUGGUUUGACACUAAAGUAGAAAUCUCAUGUUUUAGUAUGCAGUUUAAAGGUUUCAUAAUUUUUGAGGUUUAUGACCAGAAAGAUUAAUUUUUUUUUUUGAAUUGGUGAAUUUAGUUUUCAGACAAAAUUUAAUUUUUUUCAUACAUGAAGUACUUGGUGGUCACUGAUGGUUGUAUUAGCAGUGUAUGAUCAUUUUAUCAAAGUCAGAACCAUUACUUAAGAUUCAUACAUCACUUCUAAAUAUGGCCCAAGUAAUAUCAGCACAAAGAAAAGUUACUCCCCAUCACUUCAUUAAAACGUUUAAGCCUGCAUAUGACUGUUUUGUUUGUUUUACAUUAUGCAAUGUAGCUUGGAUGCUUUCUCCAUAUAUAAGGUCAGUGAUAGAAAUAUGAAUUUUAAUUAUUCAUCUUGCUGUCAUUUACACUAUAGAGCACUCUGGGUUCUAUGGCAGAAUUGUGCACAAAUGUUGAAAUGAAUGGUUUAGUUUGAAAUAAGUUAACAUAUUGAACUAUUACAGGUAUUUAUUUUAUGUAUAAGUAAAAUAUUCCAUUCCUUUUAUUACCAAAAAUUGCAUUCUUAUGUUAAUGUACAGUAUAGUGAAAUUAUAGGAGUAUGACAACAACAUUAUUUGUUAAGCAACACUAACUCCCUAGAUUGAAAUAGAACUAAAAUAUUUUUUAUUUAUUGGCAGUGGGAGGGGUGGGGGAGGUUUAACAGGUCAACAACCAUUUUCUGUUGCAGAUGCUGAAUUUCAUGAAAGGGAUCCGUUGGCAACAUUAAAUUUUGUACCAGUAUGUAUGAAGGGUAUUAUUUUGUAAUUAUUAAAAUGCAAUAUUCCAGU